UACAGUUGCUAUGAAAAGCUGCUGACGCUUCUAAUCAAGGGCAUCAAGGUCAACUGGUUCAAAUGUGCUCCGGCAGUCCCACCAACUUUUUAAUGGGAGAUAUCCGCUGGCGUAAAAAAGAAUAACAUGCGGUGGGCAGCACACCAGCCACUCAGUCAGUUAGCAUCCAACCAUGGACCCGAUCGAAGCCGCCGACAUACAGAGCGCUUUGCAGAACUUUUUGGGCACGACAAAAGAUGUGGCGUUUGAGUACAAGGUGGCCAAGGGCACGGAAAAGCUGCAGGGCUUCGUUUCUCUGAUCAAAAGGGCCGUGGUCACCUAUGAGGAUGGAAUUGGAGAGAAGAAAGAAGUGCGGCUGAUUGUGAAAAUGCCGCCGGUGUCCGAGCACCAGCUGAGCUACACCAAAGGCUCGGAUUUUCAUCAGAGAGAGUGCGACUUUUUUAACUCGGCAGUGCCUAUUUUGGAAAGGAAUUUUAAGAAUUCCCCCGCAAGUUUUCCACUAGUGAAAUGCUUCUUAGCGAAUGAGCGGGCUGUUAUUUUAGAGGACCUGUGUGCGAGCAGACACGAAAUCGUUUCCAAGCCUUUGAGCAGCACGAAUUACUGCUCAUUAGAGUACAUUUACAUCGAAAUGGUUUUCCAGCAAUUGGCGCUCUUUCACUCGGCGUCCGUAGGCACAAACUGGCCAAAGGUUUUGCCUCUCAUCCAAGUGGACGGACUGUUCGAAGGGCACGGCAGGAACAUGAUGGAGCCCAGGAUAAAAAAUGGAGCUCUGUUCGUCGCCGAGGUCUUGCGGCUGGAGUUCCCGGACGCUUACAAGAAAUACUCUGAAUGGCUCAGCACUGGCGAGUUUUACAACAAGAUCGUCGACAUCUGCAAACCCAGUCAGCACCGGAGAAACUGCCUGUGCCACGGGGACAUGUGGGAGAACAACGUCAUGUUCCGAUUUGACAAAGACCGACAGCCAACAUCAAUGAAAAUAAUCGACCUGCAAAUGGUCCGCUACAAUCCUCCAGCCUUCGAUCUGCAAUUCUUCAUGUACCUGUGCACGGACAAGGACUUCAGGGACGCGAACGAGGUGCCGUUGCUCGCCACUUACGUGGAUUUGUUCAAUCGCAACCUGCCAGAGUCGGAGCCGCAGAUGACCAUGGAGGAUUUUCUGCAAGAGUAUGAGGAGUUUCGGCUCUUUGGCACUCUCUUGGCCGCCACGAUGCGGCCUUCCGUGUUGCUAGAGGGCUCGUGGGUGUCCGAGAAUGACGGAGAAAUGAACGGAGACGUUGUAGAAAAUUUUAUUUAUGGCAAGCCUGUGGAAGAAAUGGUGAAACAAUUUAAAGUAGAUGAAACUUUUAGAUGGGCCAUCAUGGCGAUUGUUGACGAGCUCGUUAAAGAGCUCGACAAAACUGGCAUUUAAAAAUGUAAAAACUGUAUGUACAAAAUUUUAAAAUGAAAUAUAUUAUUUUCUUUGUGAAAACAACUAACCACUUG